UUACUUAGCUGAAUUUUGUUAGCCUUGUAAGGAAAACUUUGGUCGAGUGAAGAACGUGGAAGAAGAGAAAGGGAGAAACGUGUGGCGGCUCUUCGUUAAAGAGACUUGGAACACCGCUACUCCAAUCGCAGCUUCCAACAUCAAUGGCUUCUUCUUCUUCCUUCCUUGCGCCAUCAUCCACAUCCAUUCUUCACUCUAAGAAAGAUGUCGGUCUCUCUGCUUUGACUUCCACGUCUUCCAUUUCUUCUCAGCGAUGCCAGAAAACCGGUUUCAGGAGAAUUUGCUGCUCCGUUGCAGCACCACAGCAAUCUCAACGCCAGCCUUCUACGACUGGAUCAGUGAAGACGGCGAUGACGAUGACUGAGAAGAUAUUGGCUAGAGCUUCUGAGAAACCCUAUUUGACCCCUGGGGAUAAUGUUUGGGUUAAUGUUGAUAUUUUGAUGACUCAUGAUGUUUGUGGCCCUGGUUCUAUUGGUAUUUUCAAGAGGGAAUUUGGCGAGGAUGCUAAGGUUUGGGACCGUGAAAAGCUUGUGAUAAUACCUGAUCACUAUAUCUUCACCAGUGAUGAAAGAGCCAAUCGCAAUGUUGACAUACUAAGAGAUUUCUGCCAAGAGCAGAAUAUCAAGUACUUUUACGAUAUUAAGGAUCUUAGUAAUUUUAAGGCAAAUCCAGACUACAAAGGUGUUUGCCAUGUUGCUCUUGCUCAGGAAGGUCAUUGUAGGCCUGGAGAGGUUCUCUUGGGCACUGAUUCUCACACUUGUACUGCUGGAGCAUUUGGUCAAUUUGCUACGGGGAUUGGGAAUACUGAUGCAGGUUUUGUGUUGGGAACAGGGAAGCUUCUCCUCAAGGUGCCUCCAACUCUAAGAUUUGUUAUGGAUGGAGAAAUGCCCAGUUAUUUACUUGCAAAGGAUCUGAUUCUGCAAAUAAUUGGUGAAAUAACUAUGGCUGGUGCAACAUAUAAAGCUAUGGAGUUUGUUGGCACAACUGUUGAAAGUUUAAAUAUGGAGGAAAGGAUGACGUUGUGCAAUAUGGUUGUUGAAGGAUAGCACUACAUAUAAAUAUCUCGAGGAUAAGACAUCUGUGCCAUAUCAACCAGUUUAUAGUGAUCAGCAAGCAAGAUUUCUUUCUGAAUAUAGAUUUGAUGUCUCAAAGUUGGAGCCAUUGGUAGCCAAGCCUCAUUCUCCGGAUAACCGUGCUUUGGCUAGAGAGUGCAAGGACGUGAAAAUUGACAGAGUAUACAUAGGAUCUUGCACGGGUGGAAAAACAGAGGAUUUCAUGGCUGCAGCAAAAGUUUUUCUAGCUUCGGGUAAAAAAGUUAAAGUACCCACAUUUCUUGUGCCUGCAACACAGAAGGUUUGGAUGGACUUAUAUAGCAUCCCAGUACCUGGAGCUGGUGGUAAGACUUGCUCCCAGAUAUUUGAAGAAGCUGGAUGUGACACACCUGCUAGUCCUAGUUGUGGUGCUUGUUUGGGUGGCCCAAAGGAUACUUAUGCACGCUUGAAUGAACCUCAGGUUUGUGUUUCAACUACAAAUAGGAACUUCCCGGGCCGAAUGGGACACAAGGAAGGCCAGAUAUAUCUGGCUUCUCCAUAUACAGCUGCGGCAUCUGCAUUGACUGGUUAUGUUACUGAUCCAAGAGAAUUCUUGCAGUAAGGUUAUUGUUUUAUGAUAAUACCCUUUCCGAUCUAUUUGACUGGGGAAGUUUUGUAUACUAUGUAGCCAUUAAAACUGUAAGUUAUUGAAGUUUAUAGAUCUAUCUGUCUGUUUUCCCCCUUUAAGAAGUCUUGCGACUGUUAAUCCUUUCUGGUGCUUAGUUUCAAUAAUAAAAUAAGAUUUUAUGUAGUACUUAGCUUGAGAUCUAUGUUGGUCAUUGCUGUAACAAUUUUGUAGAUGUUUAAUAUUUUCUUGAUCUUAUAACCAUUCAAGUAUAAGGCUAGUGUAUAGUUUUGUGAAAGGGAAUACAAGAGGAUAAAAGCAUUAUAAUG